CUCUGUCCAGUUCCUCUUACGGCCAAGAUGCCUUCUGUAAACGGAGCCUCUUGGGGCACAGGCGUUCUUCAGCCACGGUCGGCCAAGCCCGCCCGCCCGCCGUGGCGCUUUGUGAAGGGUAACAAAUGCCACGCUGCCCCAGCACAAGAGCCAUUGCUAAAGCGUUUGAGUGGUGAGCGGGCACACCCCGCUCAGCAUCCAGCUGCCAGGACCCUCCGCUUCCCUGGGUGGCGUCGGGCGCUGGCAGCUCCGGAGCGCCGAGCCGGUGAUGAGUCCGGCAGUGAGGUGACAGGACUGGUGCUUAUCUUCUCUUUCUGGAGCGCCUCCUGACACCCUUUGUCAUCCAGAGCUUUCCCCUCCGUUGCUGAGAGGAGCGAUGGCCACAACGGGGAACGACUCCUCCGUUUCCGAGGGAGCGGCUCCUCCACAAAGGAUCCUGUUUCCCCCAGAGAAGAUUCGCAUGGCCUGGCAGCAACAACAGAGAGUUGGAGCGGGGCUCGACAACCUGGGCAACACGUGCUUCGUCAACUCCGUCCUGCAGUGCCUGACGUACACACCCCCUCUGGCCAACUACCUGCUCUCUCGGGAGCACAGCCAGUCGUGUCGUCAGCAAGGCUUCUGCAUGAUGUGCACAAUGGAAGAGCACGUUAACAUCGUCCUGCGUUCCUCAGACAGCGCCAUCCAGCCUACGGCUGUCGUCAGUGUUCUCACACGCAUAGGAGAACAUUUCCAGCUUGGCGUGCAGGAGGACGCCCACGAGUUCUUACGCUACACGGUCGAUGCCAUGCAGAGGGCUUGUCUGAGUGGCAGCAGCGAGUAAGCAAAUUGCCUCUCCAGUGUUCCGAAGCCCUUCGCACUCCUUCACGUAACCCCGUCAAGGAAAACCUGUGCCCAGGGUUUUCAGGCCAAGUAAAACUCCUGGAGGAGAUAACUCUCUGCCGCCUUACCAUUUA